AUUUUGACAAGAUCUAAGUCCUUUUUUUUUUAAACUCCCUGGAUGUUCUUUGUUCCUCUUAUUUCUUUGAUAGAAUCCCAAGUUAAGUGCAGCAUUGUAUUGAAGGCCCAUUCUCCUCUGCAAAAUCUGCUGUGACCAAUACUUUGGCUGCGAUAUAAUGUGUAAUCAAAUACAUUAGACUCUUGACUGUGUGAAAUAGGUCUCUACAGUAAUGAACUACUACUGUGUACAUCACUAGAAGCUAGUCUAGUUUAGAGGAUACAUGUAAAAAUAAUCCAUAUGUUUUUGCAAAUCAUGUUCAGGAGGUGGGUACACUGGCCAUUGAAGACAAAGUACAAUCACAACGCUGAUUUCAAAAUGAUCUCUCAGGAAGUGCAUUCGAAGCUCGAAGCACAUGAGCAUCUUUUUUGACACUCUAUGCACGGCUUGUCUUCUUUUUUACAUAAGUUAGACGGAAUAACGUUAUUAUAUUUUUACAAACCUCAUUAUGUCUGGAUGUUUGUCCUGCAGCUUCUACUUGGCGUUACAUUUGUAUGGUGACCCUACUAUAGGAACAAAUUAAAAUACAGUGGGAAUCCAAAAGUGUGACUUGUCCUUAAGGUGUCACUGUGACCGAUGGGCACCACAGUGUGACCCCACCAGAUCAAUGCAGUCACACCAUCACGUUGCCCGAUCAGCACUGCAAUGUGACAGCGCAUCCGAUCGGUGCGGUCACACUAAAAGAGGGAGAGGUUACUCACCCUCCAGCGCCUCUCCCUCCCCUCCGUGCAGCUCUUAACAGAGCGGCCGGGUCCAGCGUUAGCAAGGAAGCCGGCCGCUGCAAUCGUCACAUUUUCACUAUUCACGCACGCUCUGGGGUCAUGGGACCUAAAUUAGCCGUUAGCAGGGUUUACUGGGUUAUUUAAACCCAAACCUGCAGUUGUUCAGUGCCCUGUCGUGGUUUCCAUCCUGUUGGUUAUCGAGAGCGCGUUCCUGAUACUGUUUAUUGGUUUUUGAUCUUGGCUUGACUUCCUGUAUUUCUGGUAUCCCUGACCCUUUGGCUUUGUUCUUAUCGUAUUUGCUCCUUUCUGUAUUCCUGACCUUGGCUCGUGUCUGGUUAUUUUCUUACCAUAAAUCCAGCCAUUCUAAGGCUCGGUAAUACGUUGUUACGGUUUGUUAUUUUUGUCAGUGUUUGACUUAGUUCUGCGUGUUGGGCCACUGGUUCGUCCUGACAAAAUGUUGAGCACCGAUGAUAUACAUACUUACUAGAGUUUAAAAUCAAUGCAUACACAAGGGUGGAGCCUGACCGCCAAGUCGAUAGGGCGUGUGGAGAUCGAGCUCCCUUCCGCUCGCAGGAUCUCUCUGGUAUGACCACGGUUUUCUAGCCACAAUGAUCCCCACAGUGUGCUAUCUGUGUAUGGGAAACUUCGACGAACCCAGAGAUACUAUUGACGUGCAGCUUGGUAGUCAGGGCCCCACGGAGUCAAUCUGCAGCCUACAAGUGACUGUGCUGGGGCUAGACGGCCCCUCUACAGACAUCCACAUGGACUUACCUAGCUCCUACCCCACCCUCCCACGUGGACCAGUGGGGAUUAUCACGGUCCCCUCUGCAACAUCAAGCACAACUCUGAUGAACAGUCCCAAAAGCUUACGGUGCCAGCAACACUCAAAAUGGCAGAGAGAAAUACUCUUAAGCUGCAGAGCCUGUCACUGUUCAGACCAACAGGACUAUGCCACUAAUAUCCCGUCACAUCUGGAAGCAGCAUUUGAGCACUUCUGGGCACAACUAGCAGAGUGGUUGGCAACAUCGCAUUUCCCACGCUUUGAGAGCGAUCAGAGAUUCUAGAGACAAGAGUUGGGAAAGACCCCUCAUGGAAAUUCAACGUCACAAGCUUGUGUCUCACUACUCACCCACCCUCCACGACUGAGGGCCAGACAGGGAUUGCACCCACCACAUCGUCCACCCAAGCGGAAAAUCACUCGCCGGUAUUGGCGCCAAAACAUCCAGACUUACCGUAUUCUCCCCCAAGGGAGAAACUUACACCAUGAGAUCCUAGGUCUGCGGCAUUGGAGUGUGGUCCUUCCCGAUCCGCCUGGGGCUGGAGGCAAAUCACCCCUUGGCUUUCUCUGGCUGUUCAUGCCAGCGUACUUUUUCGUUCUACUCUGAGCCUACCAAUUGUGGGAGUUGGCUGAAGGCCUGUACACCAGCAUAUGGUGACCUAUCAGCUAAACAUUAGAGCCUAGCAAUCUCAGUCACCACCAUUUUGGUUGUCUUGUUUUACAAUGAUUACACUCCAUCUUCCACUGAAUGUAAUGGUCCUAGGAAAGCGCUGCUGAUAUCAAAGGUUUAAUUUUCAUCACUGCGUUAUUGCCUUGUUAUUCUGUUACUUCUAAAGCCUGCAACACCAAUUUGACCCAGAUAUGUAAGUUUAACAUAAUGAUUUUUCUAAUCAUACAAAAAGUGCCGUCUGCUCUUGACAUUUUAUACUGUUGUUGCAUCCAUGUCUUGUAAUCCAUCUUGUGAAAUGUUUCUGCAUGCCAGAAUGCCAAACUAUGCACUACAAAAAUAAAGAAAAAAUAAAAGCAAUGCAUACAUAUUAGCCCUACACCAUGUGGUGUAGAUUCUCUCUCACACAGUUUCCUACAAAAUACCAGUAAGAAUCUUAACGUGACAAUGUUACAUGCUCAUAAUGUUAUAGCUCAUUGUAG